AUGGCACAUCGCGAGACCGCCCCCUUCAGGCCCCAGGAUCCGCAGGAGACCAAAGAGCUUGUGCUGAGCUUGGAGGCGCACACUACCAAGGGCAAGUCCAAAGGCGGCUUCUCCGUGCGCAAGCACACCUUCCAGCUGCCCAACGGCCGCAGCGUCGACUCGUGGCGCAUGCAGGACUGGGACUACAAGAAACCGAAUCUGCCCAGCUACGCCCGCGGCCUCUUCACCUACAAGAACCAGGCCGGCAUUGACGAGAUCGCCGUCCGCGGCUACGACAAAUUCUUCAACCACGGCGAGGUCAACAAGACGCAGUGGCGGAAUGUGGAAAACAACACGCGAGGCCCGUACGAGCUGAGCGUGAAGGAGAAUGGCUGCAUCAUCUUCAUUGCCGGCCUGGACGACGGCACGCUGCUCGUUUGCAGCAAGCACUCGACCGGCGCGCGCGACGACACGCCACUCAGCCACGCCCAGGCCGGUGAAAAAUGGGUCGAGAGGCAUCUGGCAAUGGUGGGGAAGACCAAGGAGGACCUGGCACACGCCCUCAGGCGCAUGAACGCAACCGCCGUGGCUGAGCUUUGCGACGACGAGUUCGAGGAGCAUGUGCUAGCUUACACCCCCGACCAGGCCGGACUCUACCUCCAUGGAAUCAACAUCAACGUCCCCGAGUUCAUGACGUACCCUGGAAGCCUGGUCGACAAGUUUGCCGACGAAUGGGGUUUCAAGAAGACCAUGUAUGUCAUGGAGAACGAUAUUUUCAAGGUGAAGGCCUUCUUGGAUGGUGUUGCCGAGACGGGUGCCUACGCUGGCCGUGACACUGAGGGCUUCGUCAUUCGCUGCCAGGCACGGGAUAGCGUGAAUGCCCCGUAUGAGGAUUGGUUCUUCAAGUACAAAUUCGAGGAGCCCUACCUCAUGUACCGCCAGUGGCGCGAGUGCACCAAGGCCAUCAUCGCAGGGAAGCCGCCCAAGUACAAGAAGCACAAGAAGAUCACCGAGGAGUACAUCAACUUCGCGAAGAGCCAGCUUGCCGCAAAACCCGCACUCAGGAAGGCAUACAACGAGAACCACGGUAUCAUCAAGAUGCGUGACGACUUCUUGAAGGCGAGAGGCGUCAGUGGUGCCGAUGUCAUCAGGCAGGAGAUUGAGGCUGGUGAAGGCAACGUUGCAUCGGCUGAAGUUACCAAGAAUGUCGUCCUCGUCCCGAUCGCCACCAUCGGCUGCGGCAAGACCACGGUGGCUGUUGCGCUCGCAAAGCUGUUUGGUUGGGGACAUGUCCAGAACGACAACAUCGAGGGGAAGAAGAACCGUCCGCAAAGGUUUGCAGAGGCUUGCACUGAUGCACUCAGAACCAGGCCGGUCGUGAUUUCGGACAGGAACAACCACCAGAGGAGAGAGCGAGAGCAGAUUAUCAAGGACAUGCAGUACAACCUUCAGAACAAUGACGUUCGCUUCGUCGCGCUGCAUUGGGUUCACGACCGCCAGAACUACGCCAAGAUCCGCCAGGCCAUGCAGGAUCGUGUGUUGACUCGUGGCGACAACCACCAGACCAUUCAGGCAAACAAGAAGGGUUCUGCCGAGGUCAUCGGCAUCAUGGAAGGGUUCUUGCAGAGAUUCCAGCCCAUCAACGCCAAUGAGUCGCCGGACGACAUGUUCGACCUGGUCAUCAAUCUUGAUGUCACCGCUUCUUCGCGAGACAACCUUGAGACAAUCGUCUCCCAGCUGAACUCGGAGUACCCCAAGCUUUUUGGCACCAUGCCCACCGCUCAAGACCUCGACAUUGCCGUUGAAGCCGCUCUCAACGACUACAAGCCUGACAUCAAGCAUGAGCUCAACUUCGGCGGCAAGGCUAAGCAACAGUCUCAGCAUCAGAACGGGAGCGCGCCGAAGGGCAAGGCCCCGAAGCUUGAUUAUUUCUGCAUCAAGCUUCCUUCGAACCGCAUCGCCGGCAUUCUCGACGCCCUCUUCCAGGAUCAGGACAUGGCGACUCAGAAGUUCUACCGUCAACUCCAGGGCAUGCGUCGCGUCCAGCCUGAGUUCCACGUCACCAUCAUCCACCGCGCGUCGGCCAAGGAGCGCCCGGAGCACUGGCAGAAGAUGCUCGAUCUGCACGCACAGCGCGGCUCCGCAUCUGCGAACCUGACGGAUCCGGAUCUGGGCAAUGCGAAGGUGCAGUUCGAGCGGCUGGUCUGGGACAACAGGGUCAUGUGCUUUGUCGUCAGGCUGCUGCCGCCGGCGGGAGAGGCCGAGGCAAAGGAGUGGGAGACGGCGAACAAGAUCGCACACGUGACGGUCGGCACGGCGAACAAGGACAUCAAGCCUAAGGAGAGCAACGACUUGCUGCAGAGAUGGUUGCAGGAGGGCAGUGGGGAGGGCAGUGGCAUCAGGGAGCUCAUGGUCCCCGGUCAGGUCGUUCUCGACGGCGUUGUGAAGGGGGUGUUGCAGCGGUUCUGA